AUGCGAUUCUUUAAAAUAUCUAAUAACAAAACAGAAAGAACAUUUGAAGAAUUGCCAACGGCAAAAGAAAGAAACUUGGCGUUUCUAAGAAUAGUUGAAAUCGUCCAAAGUUAUGAAUUCCCAGAAGAAAUUGAAAAACUUCGUAGGAAAAUAACUCUUCAAAAUAGUUUUCAAAAACUUAAUCCGUUUAUUCAUGAUUUUCAAGAUAACGAAUUUUCAUUUUCGCUGAUUCGUGUAGGUGGCCGUCUUUUUAACGCCCCAAUUGAAUACGAUAAAAAAUUCCCGCUUUUGUUAACCAAAAAUUCACCAUUUGUAAGAACGUACUUAACGUAUUUGCAUCGAAAAAAUUACCAUGCUGGACCUCAAGCUAUGGUAGCAUUGCUUCGUGAAAAGAUUUGGCUAAUAAAUGCAAAAGAUGCUUGUCAAAAGGUUGUGCGACAAUGUAUAAAUUGUUUUAAGUACAAACCAAAAUUACUCACACAAAUAAUGGGUAAUCUACCGGCGGAUCGAUUGCGAGCGCAACGACCGUUCUUAGUAUGUGGCGUAGAUUUCUGUGGUCCGGUACACACCACCCUUAAAAUUCGUGGCCGGUCACCCAAUAAAACUUAUAUUUGCGUCUUUGUUUGUUUCGCCUCCAAAGCUGUACACAUUGAAUUAGCUUCUAAUUUGUCGUCUGAAUGUUUUAUUCUCGUCCUUAAAAGGUUUAUCUGUCGCCGAGGACUUCCGAAGACGAUCUACUGCGACAACGGGACGAACUUUGUCGGAGCUCAGACGAUCUUGAGGGAAAUUCAAGAGGAGAUAGAGCGAGGAGCAAAAGCUGUUCGACGGUACGCAGCAGAGGAAGGCUUCAACUUCGCCUUGAUACCGCCCAGGGCACCGCGUUUCGGAGGUCUAUGGGAAGCGGCGGUGAAAGCGGCGAAAACGCUGUUACAGCGUACCGUGGGCAACGCACUUCUCACAACAGAAGAGCUGCUCACCGUAGUCAUCGAGGUCGAGGCAAUCCUCAAUUCAAGGCCAAUCGCACCGCUAAGCGCAGACCCCAACGACGGAGAAGCCCUCACCCCAGCGCAUCUACUAAUCGGCAGCAGCUUACGAUCGCUGCCCCCAGAACCAGUUCCGGAACGGCAAACGGGCUGCUUGAAAAGAUGGCAGCUUCUAUGCUGGCUCAAGCAGCAGUUCUGGCUGAAGUGGUCCAAGGAGUAUCUGCUUGGCCUACAAGCGCGAUCCAAGUGGGUACAGGAGCAGCCCAAUCUCGUCGUCGGCAAACUAGUUCUUAUCCACGAGGACAACUCGCCUCCUCAGCGGUGGAAAACAGGACGAGUUAUAGGGGUCGUCGAAGGGCAGGACGGCAAGGUCAGGGUCGCCGACGUCAAAACAUCAAGUGGUGUACUCAGACGCCCAAUCGUCAAACUGGCCCCACUUCCCGAUGAAGAAUAUUGA